CCGCGCUCGCCCUUGGCCCCCGGUGGCCACGAAAGGGUGCGGGAGACGCGGAGCCGGAGGAGGAGGCGCAGCCGCUGCCCGAGUCGCAGCCGCAGCCGGAGCCCGAGCCGCGGGGCGGGCGCGAAGAUGCACACGACCCAGAAGGACACGACGUACACCAAGAUCUUCGUCGGGGGGCUGCCCUAUCACACCACCGACGCCAGCCUGCGCAAGUACUUCGAGGUCUUCGGCGAGAUCGAGGAGGCGGUGGUCAUCACUGACCGGCAGACCGGCAAGUCCCGGGGCUACGGAUUUGUCACCAUGGCUGACCGGGCUGCCGCUGAAAGGGCCUGCAAGGAUCCCAAUCCCAUCAUCGAUGGCAGGAAGGCCAAUGUGAAUCUGGCUUACUUAGGAGCAAAACCAAGGAUCAUGCAACCAGGUUUUGCCUUUGGUGUUCAGCAACUUCAUCCAGCCCUUAUACAAAGACCUUUCGGGAUACCUGCCCACUAUGUCUACCCACAGGCUUUUGUGCAGCCUGGAGUGGUCAUUCCUCAUGUCCAGCCCACGGCAGCUGCAGCCUCCACCACGCCCUACAUCGAUUAUACUGGAGCGGCUUAUGCACAGUACUCCGCAGCAGCUGCUGCAGCUGCAGCCGCAGCCGCCUAUGACCAGUACCCCUAUGCAGCCUCCCCAGCUGCUGCAGGGUAUGUCACCGCGGGGGGCUACGGCUAUGCAGUCCAGCAGCCCAUUACCGCUGCCACACCUGGGACAGCUGCUGCAGCUGCCGCUGCAGCUGCAGCCGCAGCAGCCUUUGGCCAGUAUCAGCCUCAGCAGCUGCAGACCGACCGAAUGCAAUAGGCCCGCCAUCUGAUCAAAGUUGAAUUGUUCUCUCUUUCCCUCCCAAUUUUCCAAUUUUUAAUAGCUAAUAAGAGAGUUGACAUUGACUUAACAGCUUUAAAAAAAAGUGAUGCUAUUGUGAAGCAGAAUUAUUAUUUUUUUUAUACUCCAGGUAGUGUUCUAGAUGAGACAGAGGUAAGCAUGAGAGGCAUGGGCGCAGUCUUGGAAAUCAAUCCCAAAGAUCCUGGGUGACGGAGAGGCUGCUCUGAAAUGACGGCAGGAGUACCAAUGGGACUUCACUUUUGUAAUAGGAUUUUUAUUUUUGGUCUUUUUAUAGUAUCAGGGAAGCAAACUGCCUUUUCCAAGUUAGAAAAUGCUAUUUGAAUCUAGUCGAACCAGGGAAUACAGAGUGAGCAAUAUGUAGCUUGAACUGCAUUUAAAAGCUGAUUUUUUUUUUUUUAAAACAAAGCGGGCAAAAGCACUGAUUGUCAUUUUUAGCAGUCACUACGGCCUAUAGAACUUUUUUCAAUGAAGAAGGUAGUGUUUAUACUAUCUCAAAAAUGGGCAUCGAACAAUCAAUUUAGGAGCACGGGUGGUGGGUAUCAUGGUGGACAGGCACCAAAGCUAUAUUUUCUCAUCUGUCCUGUGGACGCAUUGGGACUGUGGAACAAGUGAUGUGGAAUUAAUGGUGCAACAGCUGUACAGACAAUCUGACACACCCAGUUCUGGAAAGAACACAUCACUUGUGCUCGUUUGAUGAGCUUGUCACAUUCUAAUCCCUCUCCCCAUCCUGUUUCAAUUUUGGGAAACUUGUACCUGCUGGUGUCAGCAAUUCCGAUCCCUAAACAGGAUCGGGCACUUACUACAAAACAGCCUUCUCUUUCUAUUUAUUGUGUGGACUCGGGGUUUAGGGAAAAAAGGCAGGUGAAGUGCAGACGCUAACCCCUCAAGAACUGUCUUAAGGACGUUUAUUUUUCCCCCUUUUUAAAUAAUUUUACACUUUUUAGUAUCUAUUUCAGAGUCCUAUUUAAAACUAUUUAUUAGUGAAUACCUGAGACAAGGUCAUUGACAUUACAAUUCUUCAACGGUUCAUGAUAAUGUGGUUUAUACUGUGCCUUAAUAGUAAUGCUAUUUAAGAUAUUUAUUUUUAAGUUUUACUAUGCUGCACUCUAAAGAAAGGAACUUUAGAUGUGACACUGUAAAAUUAUGUAUUCAUCUCAUGGCAUAAAUUAUUUAGUAGGUCUAGAUGUAGCAUAUUAAAUAUUAGCCUAUUCAACUGAAGAUGUUGACUUGGAUUUAUUUAAGUUCAUAUGUGCACUGUAUAAGAGAGUACUCUUACAUGAACACAUUUUAGUUUGUUUUAGUCUUGAGAUUUUUUUUUAAACAAGCUACAUUGCUAGUUUCAUGCUUCCUUCUCUGAUUUUUGCUUGUGUAGGUCUCAUUUAUCAGUAACUCAUAACUUUAACACUAUUCUUAUGUAGUUUAUAUAGUUUUAAAAUGCUGCUUUACAUUUCUCUUCUGAAACUGCAAUACUUGCAAUUUUUAUUCUUAAACUAAAUUGAAUACUAUUUUACACUGUAUUGGAUUUUUAUACUUGAACAAUUUCAUACAAGGGAAGACAGGUUAGCAUUUUUAUGGAUUUUUCUCCAUUAUCACUGGAUUUAAGUAUUCCCAUACUAGACAGUGUUAUGUAAUGUAAACAUGACUCUCCUGUGCAAAUUAUUUAUUCAUUGUGUAUAUUGCUUUAUAACAUUUCAGAUCUUCUAAUCUAUUCACUUGUAUUAAAUAUAAUUUUUAAAAACU